CUUUUCUUCUCUUUCUCUUUGAUUUCCCUUUUUGAUUUUUUUGGCUAUCGUCAUUUUUUAAACUACUGCAACUUUUAACCGUUUUUAGGCAGUAACCUCAGAGCGUCUUUUUUAAAUAUCACAAAGUUAUUUAAAAAAGGCACUGAGGAAGUAAAAAAUGGAGCUUUUAUCAGCACUUUGCCGGAAAUUUGGCGGAACAACCAACUGGCGACACUUUCUGCUCAUCCUCGCGCUCGGACAGCUUCUCUCCCUCUGCAUCACGUCAACAUCAGUCCUGUCGAACCAACUGGCCAAGUACCAGAACGUUUCCAUUCCCAACUUUCAGAGUUUCAUGGUCUACGCGCUUCUGUUUAUAUUCCUCUGGUACAUCUUCCUGGCCGCCGUCGACGUCGAGGGCAACUACUUUGUCAUCAAGGCCUACAGCUACACGUCGCUGCUCUCCUGCAUGCUGCUCGACACGUGGGCACUGCCGUGCGUCACUAUUCUGUCGUUCUUUAUGCUCAGGGCACGGUACCGCUGGAUGCAGGUUGUUGGCGUGCUGCUCUGUCUGGGUGGCAUGGGUCUUUUGGUCAAGGGCGACAUGGACGCGGGAAAGAACUACAAGGCGCUGAAUGCCCUAAAGGAGUUCAUUGUGCGCAAGCGCCCACAGUACGAGACCGUCGCCUGGUUGGGGUUUUUUGGAACCAUCAUCAAUGGCGUGCAAAUGGGUAUUAUCGAGCACAAGGAGCUGAAAACCCUGGUGUGGACCAAAGAAGUUGUCAGGUACACUAUCGGCUUUGAUCUCGUCAUGUUUGUCCUGUACACUACAGCGCCCUUCCUCUUCCGUCUGAGCUCGGCCACCUUUUACAACCUGUCCAUCCUGACCAGCGACUUUUACGGCCUGAUCUUUGCAAGGUACAUGUUCCACGACAAGAUCACCGCCAUCUAUGCCGGCGCCUUUGUAAUGAUCGUUGGUGGCCUGCUAGUGUAUUACUUGUUCCCUCAUGCUGAGCCCGAGCAUCUGCCGCAGGUCAUUGGGUUCCGCACACAGUUGCCUGGGGAUCUGGAGAUUACGGGCUCGGAGGGCAUUCGAAGAAACGUGGGCAGUGGCCCGUUGCGCUCGCUUGAGGACGCGGAUGCCGAACAAAGUGAGGUCGUGGGUGCUGAUCAAUGGGUGCCGCGGGUGAUGUCUGACUAUGACUCGGUCAAGAGCACUACGAAAGUGGUUGUUGAGACAGAGUCGUCGACUAUGACCACUGGCACUGCUGUUGAUGCUGCUCCGGUUGCCAAUGUGCCUGGUGCUAACACUCGUGUAUGAGCAGCAAUCCCAAUUGGAUUCAGGUCAAUAUGAUCCACUGUGUUCACCCAACUUUCAUAUAUAUACUGUUCCACCAUUUUUCUUCCCUAUUAUUGUUGGCGAAGUUGCUGAGAACUGUAUAUAAUAAUAAUGACCUUUACAAAAAUAUAUAACAUUCUAUUGUUUUUUAGAUUAUUCUGUUUGUUAUUUUCAUGGUAUACAUGUAUAUUAUUAUUUGGUAUUUAAAAAUAUUUUUCUUUAAUGUGCCAUAGCC